GGUCUUAUAUUUUCUUCUUGCUUCACAGGCUUUGGGGAACCAUGAAUUUGAUGAAGGUGUGAGUGGAUUAUUGGAUCCUCUUCUUAAAAAUGCUAAUUUUUCAAUCCUGAGCGCAAACAUUAAAGGAAAAACUCCAUUAGGAAAUGAAAUGAUGAAAUAUGUUAAACCUUUUAAAAUAGUACAUUUUGACUCAGAACCAGUAGGAAUUGUUGGCUACACUACAAAGGAAACUUCUUUCCUUUCACAACCCGGGGAUGAUAUAAUCUUUGAAGAUGAAAUUGAAGCAUUGCAAGUACAAGUGAAUAAACUUAUUGGUAUGGGAGUGAACAAAAUAAUUGCCCUAGGACACUCUGGUUUUACCGUUGACAAGAAUAUUGCCCAGAAAGUGAAAGGAGUGGAUGUUGUGAUUGGAGGACAUACAAACACAUUUCUCUACACAGGCACCCCACCGUCUACUGAAGAGCCGGCUGGCCCAUACCCCUUCCUGGUUGUCUCGGAUGAUGGGAGGAAGGUGCCUGUUGUACAAGCCUACGCUUACGGGAAAUACCUUGGGUACCUGAACGUUACAUUUGACAAGAAAGGAAACGUGGUUGAAGCCGUUGGCAACCCGGUUCUACUGGACAGCAGCGUUCCCGAAGAUGAGUCCAUUAAAGAAGAAGUGGAAAAUUGGAGGAAACACCUGGGGAAUUAUUCUAAGGAGAUUGGAAAAACUAGUGUUUACCUGAAUGGUACAAGCCAGGCAUGCCGUUUCCAAGAAUGCAACAUGGGAAAUUUGCUGUGUGAUGCUGUGCUUCACGAGAACGUUGGACAUCCGGAUAAGAAGUCAUGGAGCCACGUUUCGAUGUGCAUCCUGAACGGCGGUGGGAUACGGUCACCCAUUGAUGAGCAGAGCACGAAUGGCAGCAUUACUGUGGAAGAUUUGCUGUCUGUUUUGCCAUUUGGAGGUCGUUUUGAUUUGGUAAGGGUAAAAGGCUCCACUCUGAAGGAAGCUUUUGAGCACAGUGUGCACAGAUAUGGAAGAGGAAGUGGAGAGCUGCUGCAGGUUGGAGGCAUCCACGUGGUCUAUGAUGUCUCCAGAGCCCCAGGAAGCAGAGUGGUUAGUUUAGAAGUUCUUUGCACAGCCUGCCGAGUGCCAGCCUAUGUCCCACUCCAGAUGGAUGAGAUCUACAACGUGACUCUCCCGUCCUACAUGUUGUUUGGAGGAGAUGGCUAUCACAUGCUGAAAGACAAAAAUCUGGGGUACAGUAAAGGUGAACCCGAUAUUGAGGUUGUUUCCCGUUACCUCCAGAGAAUGAAGAGAGUUUACCCAGCAGUUGAAGGUCGAAUAAAGUUUUCUUCUGGAAGCCUCGUUGAAGCGAGUCUUACCCUGAUGGCUGUAGCAUUCACUGCAGCAUUGCUGCACACGUGA